AUGUGCAUCAAUAUUUCCAUUCAGUGUUUCUUCGAUGAAUUCUCGUUUGAGAGUUGUACUGACUUCUUCACCAGCAUCAACCAUUCCACCAGACUAACUGGAUGCUUCACAAUCUCUUGCUUUUCAUUCCUUUUCCAUGUUGACACAAUAGGAUCAGCUAAAAUUUUUAAAAACAAGU